AUGAAUAAUAACGCUUCUAGGAAGAUUAAAAAGAUUUUGAAGAAGAAAUCGCGGUACCUUUCUCGAAUUAUGGAAAAUAUUGAGAACGAACAAAAAAUCGCCAUCAAAAAAUUACAAUUGAAGGCUCUAAUCGCCUCUUCCGAAGAAUACGUUGAACGUUCACAUGGAGCUCGGUCCAUCGUUGCACAUGGUCCCUUAUCAAAUGAAAUCAACCAAGUUCCACACAAUGUCAUUCCAGCCACUCAAAGUAAACCAGAAGGACAGCAUGUUAAAGAAUAUCAUAAGCAAAUAUAUGAUUUACAAAAUCAGGAAAUGAACUUUGACAAGGGCACAGACGCGACGCCAGGCACUGGGUCACAUGAACAACAUGAAAUUAUGGAUAAGUUUAGAUUACAAUUUGAAGAAAGGUUUCUAAAUAUGAAACAAGAUGGAAAAUGGAAGUUGCCUUCUGGGAAAUACGUUGAAGAUAUUAUUUACGAAUAUGCAAGGAACCUUUCGUAUGAGAGCUUUAUUAUCGAUAUUAGUAAUGAAGAUGUAAUGAAUCUCUUUGACUAUAAUGAUCGUGAUUUUGUGAUGACAAAUAACAUCCUUCCUGAACCAAGUAUAGAUGAUGAACUAAUGGAACACCUACUAAGAUAUAGAAAAGACAAGUCUCAGGAAUUAAGAAAACUUGUCAAUGAUGGCCUUCAUAUUUCUCCAUAUGAUCCCGUAAAGCAUUUCCAUUAUCAAUAUGUUCAUCAGGUGUUUUCACAACUCCUUCCGAGAUAUGAACUAAGACCAGAUGACUUUACAAAUUCCCAUCUGGAAGGAUGGUUCACAAGCAAUGUCUGGAGCAUUAUAGUAGAUGCUUGUUUCAUUGAUCUGCAGAGCAUAGAAUUUAUUCGUGGAGAAGGAUGCUCUCGUGCUUCUGCACAACGAAAAAACACUGGGAGGGCAAGCCCAAAGGAAAAGGCAAUGUUUGGCCGCAAAUGUGAUGGUAUCGCAAGGAAGGUAGGGUCUUUAGAUGAGUAUGCUAUCAGUGAGGAGGGUAGAAUCUGGAAUGGAGAAAAUGGAACCAAAUAUUUAUCAGAUGGAGGACUCAAAAUGCCUAAGAUAAUGAAGGAUAUGUUACAUCAAAAAAUAAAUAAGCAUGGAUUAAGCUUCGUCAAAACUCACCAACUUGAGAUAAUUGGAUUUCUACAUUCAGCACAAUAUCUCCAGUUACUCGUAAUGGACAUUCCAUCUUGGUAUGUUUGCCGAAUUCAACGGAAACCAUUAUGUGAAUUUCCAAAGACACUUGUUAAUGUUGAUGAAUUAAUUACUAUAAUUCAUGAAGUUCUUGUAGCAAAGUUAUUACAUAGUUUCCUGCAAUUCUUUACCAUAUUGUACGUGUUUGUGCUUUUGAGUGCCGAAUAA